AAACCGCAGAGCAUUGUGGGUAGCGGUGGGUCUUCCGUGUUUGGUCCGGACGUUCUCUCUCUGUUUUUGCAGGUAAACAAGCAGAAGGUCCAUCAGCGCCAUGAGCAGUGAGAAGUACCCCCGGUCCUCCAUCGAGGACGACUUCAACUAUGGAACCAACGUGGCGACAGCCAGCGUCCAGAUCCGGAUGGACUUCCUGAGGAAGGUGUACUCCCUGCUCAGCCUGCAGCUGGUCCUCACCACGGCCGUCUCCGCCCUCUUCAUGUUCUCUCAGACCAUCAGGGAGUUCGUCCACAGCAGUCCCGCGCUGGUCCUGGUCCUGGCCCUGUGCUCCCUGGCGGUUCUGCUGGCCCUGGCCGUGUACAGACACCAGCAUCCCGUCAACCUGUACCUGCUGCUGGUCUUUACUCUGCUGGAGUCCGUCUCCGUGGCUACGACCGUGACCUUCUACGAGUACACCACGGUCCUGCAGGCCUUGUUCCUCACCUUCACCGUGUUCGCCGGACUGACGGCCUACACCUUCCAGUCCAAGAGGGACUUCAGCAAGAUGGGAGCAGGGUUGUUCUCCCUGCUCUGGAUCCUCAUCGUCUGCAGCUUCAUGGGGUUGUUCUUCCACUCGGACACUGCGGACCUGCUGGUCUCCGGAGCCGGAGCCGUGGUCUUCUGCGGAUUCAUCAUCUACGACACCCACCUGCUGAUGAAGCAGCUGUCUCCUGAAGAGCACAUCCUGGCCUCCAUCAACCUCUACCUGGACAUCGUCAACCUCUUCCUGUACGUGCUGCGGAUCCUCAACUCCAUGAAGAAGCACUGAGCGCCACGUCCCAGCACCGGGGCCGCUCCGGGGCCGCUCCGGUCCCCCCCCCCCCGGGGCCGCUCCGGGGCCGCUCCGGGGCCGCUCCGGUCCCCCCCCCGGGGCCGCUCCGGGGCCGCUCCGGGGCCGCUCCGGGGCCGCUCCGGUCCCCCCCCCCCGGGGCCGCUCCGGGGCCGCUCCGGGGCCGCUCCGGUCCCCCCCCCCGGGGCCGCUCCGGGGCCGCUCCGGGGCCGCUCCGGGGCCGCUCCGGUCCCCCCCCCGGGGCCGCUCCGGGGCCGCUCCGGGGCCGCUCCGGGGCCGCUCCGGGGCCGCUCCGGGGCCGCUCUGGGGCCGCUUCGGUCCCCCCCCUGGGGCCGCUCCGGGGCCGCUCCGGGGCCGCUCCGGGGCCGCUCCGGGGCCGCUCCGGGGCCGCUCCGGGGCCGCUCCGGCCCCCCCCCUGGGGCCGCUCCGGUCCCCCCCCUGGGGCCGCUCUGGUCCCCCAGAGCCUGUAAAUUCCAUCCUAAAGGGUUCCAUCAAGAGAAAGCAGUACUUCCUGGUUUCUCCACGUUCCUCGGAGCCCUCUGCUGCUCUGCUCUCGUCACUUCUCACCCGUUCUGCUUCUGUCACAAGUUUACAUGGAAAUGUGAAGUUUGAAUUCUUCUGAAACAUGGAUGAAGCUCCUGUAAGUAAAUGAAUAUUUAGCUUUGAAACGAGGGGAAAGUCAGGAUUUGACGUCAGGAUGAGGAUCAGAGCGAGAUGAGUUGGACUCCUUUGAGGACAGAGCCUUCCUCCACAGCCCGGCUCUCCCUGACGCCCUGAGGGCCUGGCUCAUCCAGGAGUGAAUUAAUUGGACUUGAUUAAAGAGAUGAAAUGAAGCAGCCUGAUACUACAGAAAAAGUGUUGAUUUGAUAAUAAAUGUGGCAGUGUUGCUAUUUAUUUUCUGAGUUUCAGAAAUUGAACAGAGCUUUAUUCAUCAUCUGUUAUUUUCAGUUAGACGUGUUUGGCGCUGAAUGUCUUUGUGCUUUUGCUGAUGAGUUCCUGCUCAGCAGCUCUCUCCUGGUAGAAUGUGAUCUCUGUCGCUGAGGGAAGGAAACGCUUCUGACAUGUGCUUUGUUUCUGUGCUUGUUGUGAUUCUGUAACUGCUGUGGAAUAAAGGUCACGUUUUGCACAAGAAGAAAAA